AUGCGAGGUGAUGCUGUUAACACUGCAGAAACAGGGUCUUUUGAUGUCGUGGUGGAAAUGUCUGAUAAACUUACUGAAGAGAAACAUGAAUGGAUAACAACAGAAGAUGGUAUUGGAACAGUGAGAAUCAGCAAUUUUGCACAGGAAGUUUUGGGAGAUGUUGCUGAUUGUAGUCUGUCCAAAGUUGGGACAAAAUUGAAAAAACAAGAUGAAUUUGGUGUUUUCGAAAGUGUGAAAGCUGCCUGUGAACUCUGUUCUCCUCUAUCAGAAGUAACUGAAAUUAAUGAAGAUCUUGCAGAAAACCCAGGACUUGUCAACAAAUCUUGUUAUGAAGAUGGUUGGCUGAUCAAGAUGACACUGAGUAACCCUACAGAACUAGAUGAACUAAUGAGUGAAGAAGCCUAUCAGAAAUGCAUAAACUCUAUUGAGGAAUGUGAGUGGAACCCUUAUAUGAACUACUAUGGAAUAACUUAA